AUGUACACAGGCACAACCUCCGGCCUCGAAGUCCUCGGCGACAUAUCCGACACCUACAUCCGCGGCACCUCUCUCCUCCCUUCGAUCUCGCACCCCCUCACCCGCCACGGCAUAAUCGGCGGCCCCAUCCACCGCGACGCAGAAGAUGCACGGAAAAGCGAAGAAGCCCGUCUCCAGAAGAUCGCUGAGGCGGAAGAAGUUGAGAAGAGGAAGGCUGGUCUACUGCGCGCCAGGGACAUGAAGGUCAACCAUAACCGACCCAUGUUUAAUGGGCCGAUGGGCAGGCCGACAGUGGAUGCGGGGUUUGUGGCGCCGGAGUUUGCGCAUCUGUUGGCGGGGGCGAAGAAGGAGAGGAGGCCUUGGCCGAAUCAGAGGGAUGACUGA